GUGCACUUUGAGAAAGGGCGGUAUCGGAAGGACGCCGACCGCUGCCCCCCGGAGCUGAUGGCGAAGAUCGACGACGUUGCAAGCGUGACCGGCUCCCGUGACCAGGCCCCGUGGAGGUCGCUAAUGUAUUUUUUCGUCCUGAUGCUGGCCCUGCAACCGCUGUGUUUCUUCACGGAUGUGGUGGACGGGGCGUCCCCUUCGAAGGCUGCGGGCGGCCAAGGCCGUUUUCGACUGCGCGCCACUACUGCACCAGUAUGUGGUCCAGGAAGGGUUGCGCGCGGGGCAAUUACCGUACUUCGAUGCAGCUUUGCGGACGCGAUCCGUGCAGUCCAUCGGUAUGUUUUCGGAGAUACACGGGUCUGCGCCCGUAACGGGGCCGAGCCUGGCUGCUUGGACCUUCUUCGACAUGGUUUUCAGAUAUAUCGGCGAGUACGCGAUUAUUUGCGACAAUCUCCUUCUGGGCCCUUGUGCGCAGCAGACGCAGCAAUUCGUGAAGGACGGCCUCUCGCCUGAGAACGCAGCAUCAUUUGGAGAGAAGGCGAAGGCACUCCUGACCAGCGUUCUGGAGACGCUCUCCGACGUUGCCGCGACGAAUAGUGUCGGCGACGGCCGCAAGCAAUGGGUGCGCGGUCGCAAGGCGGAGUUCGUGGCCCCGAAGCGUUAUAGGCCGAUUGACCACCUCUUGGAGGCGAUGACCGGAUGGGCCGCCCCUUCUGCCAUCGUCGGGCCGAUGCUCCAUGGCCUCCUGCGUCUUCUCCGGGGCACUGCCGAAGUGGACAUGGGAAUCGCGGAAAAGAAAUUUGAACGCAUCAUGAUGGAGUUGCUUCGCUUCGAGUUGUUGGGGCGGCCGACGCUCCCUGACAAGAUCCCAUUCCACCUGCGCAUUUUCGUGUACGCGAUGAAAUUCCCUCUGUCUGAUAUUAUGCAUGAUGCGUGCUUGCCUGUGUUCCAGGGUGGACAGGGAGUACGACUUGCAGCCAGUGCCUGGUUUUGAGAUUCGCUGCGGCUGUUUACGCUGCGCGCGCGUGAUGCACCUGCGGCAGCGAUACAUCUACUUCGGACCGUCCCCGCGUGCAUUGCACGCUAGCCUGCUUAGGGAGAAGGUGGGUCACGCGAGAUUCGAGGAUUUGACGUGCGGCAUCUGGAAGCGCAUGUUGUCGUUGCUCAGUUCGAACUUCGCUGUGUGCCUGUGCUUGUACAUCCUCCAGAUGCUCGGGUGCUCGUGGCGUCGGUUCAUCCGCCUGUGUGCCCGCGGCAAGAAAGCGCCGGUGAGCGGCUGGGGCGCAUUGUGCCAGAUGUCCCGUCAUCGCGAACUUCAGGUGUUUCUGUACAAAGCAGAGACGCAGUUGCUGCGCAUUGCUUUGGGCUGGCUGGAGAAUUUGUUCUCCUGCAGCAGUUCAUGCAACUGCCUGCGCAAGGUCGCAGGGCGCUCGUGCGCCGCGUCGCCUGGCCCCCGAUCGUGACGCGGGAAGACGUCGUCCAAGCGCAAGGGGCCGCGGGCGCCGAGACGCCCCCCGACGGCGCACCGGUUUUCUCCGCUGACUUAUAUAAGCAGGCUCGUGCCGAGCGGAAGCGGGAGAAUGCCGCCCGGGCUGAGCGGAAGCGCGAGGGUGCCGAGCGGAAGCGGGCGAAGGCGCUCGCGCGCUGAUGCCAGGGAGCGGCGCCGCUGCGGAGG